CCGGCUCCGCCCACACCUUUCCAAGUUAGCUGGCGGGUGAGCCGCGGGGACGGCUCGGGCGCCCGGCCCCCUCCCUGCACGCCCCCACCCGGGCCGGAGCGGGGAGGGGGCGGGCGGCCGAGCGGGCUCCGCGCUCUGUUUGCCUCCGAAUUCUCUUCCUAAGGCUGCCUUGCGCGCUCUGACACAAAAGAGGGGACUUUCUCGCGGCUCAGCGCGAGUCCUCGCCUGGCGAGUUGCAAUCCGGGGGCUCCACCCGCCGCGAGGCCCCGCGGGCCCCCCUCGGCCGGCGGCUCCCAAAGCUCCGUUGGCCAUGUGUAGGUUAUUUUGGGUGCCGCAGCAAGGUGGUGCAGGUGAAAGGGAAGCUCGGCCGAGGCCGGAGGCCGGGGGGCGGGGGCAGGGGUGGGGCGGGGUGGGGCGGGGUGGAGGCUCCGCGGACCCACCCCCCAGCCCGGCGGCCCGGGCGGCGAGGCGAGGGCCGGGCAGUGGGUGUUGCCUUCUACCUCUGCGAGCGGGGAGGGGUUAGUUUCCCACAGGGGAUUUCAACCAUCACACUCUGAGCCCGCCUCCUAAUCCUCGGGCGGAGCGGCUCGGGGGCCCCAUUUUAUGGCAAUAAAGCGACUUAGCGCCUGCUGAGCGAGCCCCUCCCCGCCGCCGCCCCCGCCCUCGGCCCCACCCCGGGGCUCGCCCGCAGCGGCGGGGCUUUGUUUCUGGGGAGGAGGACCCGGAGCUCUUUUGUUUGGGGGUUUGGUGUUUUCACCCCCCCCACCUCACCUCACCCCACCCCACCCCACCCCCCCGCGCCUCUCCGGUUUCCUGAGCUGCGGGCUGCAAGGGAGGAGAAGCGGCGUCUUGCAACCCCCUCGGCUGGGCCCCGGGGUAAUUCGAUGCGGGCCUGGCGAGGCUCCCCACGCUAGACCGGGGCUCGCGUCUCGGCAGCCUCCACCCACCGGCCCACCCUACAUUUAGCGCAUCAUGUGAUCCGGGAUCAAUGUGACUCUAGAGACAAAUGGAUGAAUGAAUAUCCAUAUGAAGAGGAAAACAAUAAAGAAUAUCAACACCUUUGAGAACAGAAUGUUAAUGCUUGAUGGGAUGCCGUCAGUCAGAGUCAAAACCGAGCUUUUGGAAUCUGAACAAGGGGACUAAAAGGCGGGAUUCGAUCUUCUUUGGGUGCUGUCAAAUGUUCUACCUCUCCCUACAGGACAGUCCAUUGGAUUGCACAUGGUUAAAGUCUAUUGAAUCUCCAAACGUCCACAACUACCCCGAUAUGGAAGCUGUUCCCCUGUUGCUAAAUAAUGUGAAAGGGGAGCCCGCGGAGGACUCGUUAUCUGUAGAUCACUUCCAAACACAAACUGAGCCAGUGGACUUGUCAAUCAACAAAGCCAGGACAUCCCCCACCGCCGUGUCAUCCUCCCCGGUUUCCAUGACAGCGUCCGCCUCCUCACCUUCUUCAACUUCAACCUCUUCAUCGUCGUCUAGUCGUCCAGCCUCCUCCCCGACCGUUAUCACAUCAGUAUCUUCAGCAUCAUCUUCGUCAACAGUAUUAACUCCAGGGCCCCUUGUAGCCUCCGCGUCUGGGGUGGGAGGCCAGCAGUUUUUGCACAUCAUCCAUCCUGUCCCGCCUUCAAGUCCCAUGAAUUUACAGUCUAACAAACUGAGUCACGUUCACCGCAUCCCCGUGGUGGUCCAGUCGGUGCCUGUUGUCUACACAGCUGUGCGGUCACCUGGAAAUGUGAACAACACUAUCGUAGUGCCGCUUUUGGAGGAUGGGAGAAGCCAUGGCAAAGCACAAAUGGACCCCCGAGGCCUAUCUCCCAGACAGAGUAAAAGUGACAGUGACGAUGAUGACCUGCCAAAUGUGACCUUAGAUAGCGUUAAUGAGACUGGAUCUACGGCCCUUUCCAUAGCCAGAGCAGUACAAGAGGUACAUCCGUCCCCAGUAUCAAGGGUCCGGGGAAAUCGAAUGAAUAAUCAGAAGUUUGCUUGUUCAAUCUCACCGUUUAGUAUUGAGAGCACAAGACGCCAGAGACGGUCUGAAUCCCCAGACUCCAGAAAACGGCGUAUCCACAGAUGUGAUUUUGAGGGAUGCAACAAAGUAUACACAAAAAGUUCUCACCUGAAGGCUCACCGAAGGACACAUACAGGAGAGAAACCCUACAAGUGUACCUGGGAAGGCUGCACCUGGAAGUUCGCUCGCUCCGACGAGCUGACAAGGCAUUACCGCAAACACACGGGCGUGAAGCCGUUCAAGUGCGCGGACUGUGAUCGCAGCUUCUCCCGGUCAGACCACCUGGCCCUGCACCGCCGGAGGCACAUGCUGGUGUGAGGAGUGCUUCCCGUCCAGCUGAGCGUAAGAGCUGGGUCUCUUAGCGGCACCCCAUUCAGCAGGGCUGAAUCCCCUCCACAGUGUUAACGCAAAAGGGCGUCACCAUCCCACGAUGUCUGAAACCAGAGCAGGAACAAGAAGGAACCCUUCUCCUUUUCGGUCUGAAGGUAACCCCCAUCGCGACUGCACGAGAAACGUCUUCACGCUGGCCUGGGAGAUCCGUGACACAAACGCUGAAGAGACAGGCACUGUUUCCCCGUGCCGUGUACUCUGCCGUUUCAAGAUGUUUGUAGCUUGUACGUUUUCUGAGCUGUCAGACGUUUUGUUAUCGAUCCCUUAAAGGUCACCUAUCACCAGCCGAUGGCUAGAGCAGGACCUUUCAGAUUGGGAUUCUUCUCCCGCACCACCCCCCCCUCACCCUGCCCCCUUCUUUUUACUGAAGUUUUAGUUCCUGUCUCAGUAAGCUAGAACACACAUCCAGUCUGUUUCCAGCGAGCAGCAUGAAAGUAGAGAAGAAGCAGCCUGUUGGAGAGUUCCAUGACCUGAAAAGAAAGGGGCACUCAGGCGGCCCUUGGCAGUCGCGCCACCCGCCACUUGUCCUUAGGCCAUGCCCUGAAGAGAAACCGACAUUGAAUCUUUCAUUUGUUUGUCGUUGAUUGUUUCUGUUUUGUUUCGAUUCCGUUCUGUUCAUCUGUCGGAGCAGAGGGGCAGCGACAUUUCAGGUGGAGCUAGUGCCAGCGUCUGCCCUGGCGUGGACCGGCACCGAGGUGUUCUGUAGUUGAAUAGGAAGAGCCUGUCUUAAAAAAAAAAAAACAAAAAACAAACAAACAAAAAAAAAAACUACUGCCCCACUUCAAAUCGCAGUGUCCUGUCACCUAGGCAUCAUCUCUUCCUGCCCCUAGUAUUUGAUUACAAGGAAUCAGGGGGAAGGAAAAAAAAAAAAACUUUCUUAGACACACUGGCACCAAGGUAAGAGGUGGGGCUGCUCGGGCAAAGUCAGUGAACAUGAAAAAUCAGACAAAGCAGAGAUGGGAUAAAGCGCCUCUUGAGGAGAAAAGCAAUAAUGAAUAAAAGGACUUUCCUACAAUAACUUCACUGAGGACUCACGUUACCACAAUUUUCAUACUUACUAAAGGGAUUGUAAAAAACACCCCAGUGGUUUAGCGGUCUUGGUUACAGGGACAGCACUGAGGUAAUCUUUCUGCUAAUUUUGUUGUCCUGCUUGGUGGAAUACCACAAUUAAAGAUUAUGCUCCCCUUUUCUUGUUUGAAAACAGUUAUUUGGUGAACAGAAAGGCCAAGGAGGCAUAGCAGGGAAUUAACCCUUGGGUUAAGGGGUCAGUCCUCCUUGGAACCGAGUCAGUGGAAAGGGAGUGCUCCCCGAGGAAAGCCUAACAUGGUGCUAGUUUCCUCACUUGGAGAGCCAAGGCUAAGUGACUCUCCAUUAGGUUCUUCUAUACAGAUUUCAUUUUCUAAACUGUAUCAGACCCCAGGGGUUCUGCGUUGACACAGACAGGGAUGUUGAACCCACUCAUUCCGUGCUGAGGGUGAGGGGAGAUGACAGUCCCGUCAACCCCCUAAAAUUAUGAGCCUUUCUUGCGACUAGUGCAGUAUACAGUAAACAAAGCAAUACAUCACCAACAAGCAUUCUUUCAGAAAAAUUAUCAUAUUUUUUUUUCCCCACUAAAAGCUGUUCUUCUUUCAGCUGUACGUGGCUAAGGGGCUUGGUGACUUUUUCUGUUAUUGUUGUUGUCGUUGUUGUUAAGAUUUUUUAUAGCUUAGAUAUAAAAGUUUGCCAGCAUAGACCUUUGCAAUGUAUUUUAAUUACAAACACUUGAUUUGGGGAAUUGCACAAAUUAACCUCACAAUAUUCCUAGAUCGUUUUUAAAAUGUUUGAACAUUCUGAAAUAAUUUCCUGUGGCAGAACUGUCCUUUUUAGGAUCAUCCCCUAAUUCAGAGAAUCUUAUUCUGACGAAGCAAGGAACGAUAAAUCAUUGAAACAAGGACAAUUCAUGUUGGAUGGUAUUAAAAGGAAUUGUUUUAAAUGUUCAAGCAACAGCAUAAUGAUGUUCAGGUCAAAUUCUAUCUUCAAAACUAUGUGCUCUGCAUUUUCUGCCAGGUCUGGAAAACUCAUCAGGCAAUUUCCCUCGAACAAGGGCUUCGAGUCUAUUGAUAAAUAACUUUUUUUGCUACAUAAUCUAUUACCCACCAAGCACUGUUUUUUUGUGUGUGGUUUUUUUGUUUUGUUUUGUUUUUGUUUUUUUUGCCUUUUGUUUUGGGGGGGUUUUUGUUUUGUUUUGUUUUCUUUGGUUUUUUGGUUUUUUGGGUUUUUUUUUUUUUGUUUUUUUACCAACUGGAAAGUUUUUUUAUCUGUACUGUAUACAAUUCCUACUUCUUAUUGCCUGUGACCAUUUUGGGUAGAAAAAGAUCUCUUGCUGCAUUCUAGCACUGGUUCCUGGUCAUUGGCAAAGUACACGGAGAGUGGCCAACACAGCCAAGCCACCCUCGCUUUUCCUGGUCCUGGAACCUGGCUGGCAGUCAGUAGGUGAAUCGCCCAGCAGCGGUAUAGACUUGACUCCAUUCUGCCUGCUCUCAGAGGAUGGGCCGAUCUCUUCUGUGCAAAGAGAUGUCUUGAGAGUGUCACAGGUAGAAAUGGUUUUUAGAAUUCAUAGAACUGACAGGCAGUGGGAGUUUCCUGAGUGACGGCUUGAUUUAAAUUUAGCACAGAGCUAAAUGGGCUGCUCCUCUCUGAUCACAUAGGAAGGGUUCAGGGAAGUGAGCUUUUUCUCCUCACCCUCUGAGAGUGGAAAUCAGACCGAGAUGGUAAGUUUACCGCUGAAACUGUCGGCGUUCUGCCAUCUCCCAACCCCCCUCCGCCCCCUUGACACGCUCGAUACUUCUAAAGAGGGAUCCAAGCACAAACAGUGAGUGAGUGAGUUGCUGAUCUCACCCCAGGACUGGAACUUCCCCAGGGCUCGUCCUGGAACAGAACAAAUUCUCCCUGGUGAGUUUUCUACUAAUGUUUCCCCUCGGAAAGGAAAGCGGUUGGGGAGAGAAGGAAUUGGGUUUUCAGGUAGGAGUAUCUUCAGACGUGGAGAAGCCUCCUCAUUUCAUCUGUGUCCAUCCUAGCCUCUUUUAGAAAAGCACAGUAGGAGAUGAUGAACACCAGAAAAGGCACAGAAUCCACAGGACUUGUCCAUCCCCUAACUAGAAGCAUUCUUUGGUUUUAACUCUGGAGCUGUUCAGUUCGCAGUUGGACAUGGGCGCGUGUUUGAGGACUUCUCCGCAGAUGGCCGUGGUGGCUUGAGAAGCUGCAGGAGGCCUGGAGGUCUCUGUGCGUCGUAGAGAUGGAGUUCAAGGCAGUUAACGUUCUUUGAAAAAUUACAGGUUACCCUGAGGUUCUAACAGAUUCCCUCCCCGUAUUCUGACCUUAAGUUGUUAGGAAGCAGCCUCACGCUUCCCCAUCGGCCUCUGGCCUCAUCCUGUCAGUUAUGUGUGGACUCCAGGAAGCCUUCUUGAUGGCUUGUCUUAAGUUCUAUUAAGACGUUUAGACUAAACUUCCUAAUGGCUUUCCCAUAAGGAGUAUCCUACUUACUGCCUGCCGUCCCUUCGACAAAACACUAUAGGACAUUUAUUUUCAAAAGCAGUGGAGCAACAGUAAUACAAACUGCAUUUUUAAAAAGAGCACUUUUUAUUCACUUGAGAGUUUAAGUGGAAAAUAGGAAGAGGAUCGUGAGGGGAAAGAACUUAUAAGAUGCUACAGUGUUUACAAAUUGCCAGUUCUAGGGGAUUAGAAAGGCCAUUCUCCUUGUGGUUGAAAUUUGGAAUAGCUUAUACAAAGAUUGUUUUCCCUUUUAUACACCUUUUUUUUUUUUAACUUCAAAUUUUGCCACUUGUGUUUUAAACGUAAAUAUAAUUCUGCACUUUGAAAUCAGUUCAUUUGAACGGUGACAUGUAUAUGGAUAAAGAUGCAGUAUUCCUUAUUCUGUACUUUAUUUAUUAUACGUACCAAAGCUGCCAUUGAAUAAAUCCGGUGAGGUGAGGCCUUCAGAUAUACUAACUAAUCGCCUUUGUCCUGUUGUUAUGACUGCUUAGAAAUGUGGCCACGAUGUUGUUAUAAAGGUGUCCUCACACAACGAGGACGGACAGAGUUUCAGCAGUGUUCAGAAUGCCAGCACCCACGACACGCUGAGUUUUCACAUGAGGGACUGAGCGGGAGAGAAUUCCCACGGAUCACAUUAGGCCCCGGAAGCCUUAAUACUCAUAGUCCAUAGCCCAGCCUCUGCUUCCGCUCUGCACUCACGCCUGUACAUGGAGGAGGUAAAUGUCUUCUCUAACUUCAUUGCCCAGAUCUCUUCCUUCAGUUUUUCCGAGGUAGGGCAUCUCAUUAAAACUAGUCUUUCCAUUUGAUUUGGUCUCAUCUAGGAAAGGGGUUUGGUAAGUCGUGUCUUCCGUAUGUAUUUCUGCUUGUCCCCACACUGCGUUCCACUUACCCAUACAGGCACCCCCAACACACACGCCAGCACACACACGGCAGCCAGUGGGCCAGCAAAUAUCAACAAAGAACUUUUUUUAAAAGAAUGAAUUUGUAAUAAUCCAUGCUGUCUAGAGAUGUAAGUUAUUUACCUUAUUAGGGAAUCAGCUUAUGAUGCUAUAUAUGACUUUGCCUGCAUUUUAUAGUUAAGAGGUGUACAUAAAAAUUUAAAAAUGCUAUAUUUUCACAGCUUCAUUAUAGAGUAAUGUCUGUUUAGCGACCCAUGUCCAUUGGUACUUUAUGCUGAAUACUGUGCAGUUGCAAUAGAAAUUCAGAUUUUCGUAAGAAAAUGAAAUAGGAGGAUACUGCAUCUUUAAAAAAAAUAGAGUGAAAAUAUUUUGCUGUAUUCGUAAACAUAUGUGAUAGUGGAAAAGUAUUUUCAAACUCGCAAAUUUUACAGAGGUUGUAAAUAGUUUGAUGAAGUAUGUUGGGAAAAAAAAAAAGAGCUUCUAGUUUUCAUCACAAUAAAAAAAAAAAGAAACUUGUUCAGAUAUGCCUUGUAUAUCUUACAAUUAGCAAUAUUGCCAUGGGAACUCUGUUCUCCUUUGGCAGAGCACAUUCCUUGUGCUCUGACAAAAUGGAGUGGCCACUCGUCUCCAUUUAGCCAGGAUGGUUUAAAACACAAUGAAGUCAUUUUAAGUUGCAAACAACUGAUUCCAAAUUCAAAAUGUCUUUGCCUGGAAAGGGGGAAAUAGCUGCAUCGGAUUUUACUUGUGCUAAAGAGAAGCUUCUAGCAAUUGUUCUCUUUUCUCCAUUAUCUUCCUCCUCGAUGAACUAGUUCUUCACGGACUGAGCCACCCAGGCUCCCCUUUUGAACUAGUUCUUGACGAGAACGGAAAACAAAACAACGGUGAGGUGUUUAUUCUUGUUUAAUUGCAGAGGGAAUGAAGAGUUUGAAGAGUAGCUACAUGUUGACAAGAUGAAGAGCUAUGGUUAUGGCCACAUGUUAAAUGAAUCUACACUGGCAAUAGGAAUAAGCUAAUGCCCAUUUUCAGAAAUGAAUUAAAAGCUGAAAGUGCCUGUCAAUAGACAUUAUGACCAAUGAGAUAUUCCUAUACUUUUACACAGCAAUAAUUCUUCAUUACACUGGGUUUUUCCUCCACACUUGGGAAACACACACACACACACACACACACACACACACACCCCGACUAAAUAUAUGCACGUAGUAAACUGAAUAUGUUCGCAUAAUCACAAAAAUUCUUUUGUGAUUUUUAAAUAUUCCUAAUCUUGUUUAUGUUAGUAUUUCUUAAUUUAAUCUUACUUACAGAACAUAAGAAUGCAAAUCUGAAUGUUAAGGUUCUCCUCAACAUACAUUCUGGCAUAAGGCAAUUAUAAUUGUCAGAUAAAAACUUCACGGAUUUGCCCCAAACGUGCAAAGCACUGUGCGUGGCUCAAAAAAGCAUUGCUCAGUUAACAAAAGCCCGAUUUAUUUAGAGCAAAACACUAGAGAGAUUUGUUUGUUCUACUUUGUUUUGUCCACUAAUAUCAAAGGCACAGAUUCAUCUUUACAUUUCUUCAUUUCCUUUUUCCCUAAUAUUUGCUGUUAUCAUACAAGAACCAUUUUGGAAUGAAUAUCCACACCAUCAUUUCUCCCCUAAAAAGUCUACUGAAGACUGCUGACACUCGGUCAGCCUAGCUUUAACCAAGAUUUGGAGUUGGUCCGGGAAAUUACCAGAGUUCCGUUCAGAACUUCCCGACUUUUUCCUAUGAUUAUUUUACUUCUAGACGUGGAGUCAUGAAUAGAAAUAUACAAUGCAAUUAUACGAAUAGACAAGAACCCUGGAAAUGUCCAGCCUUACCAUCUCAGAGCACAAAUCCACCCAAACAAGCUAUUGAGGGCUACCAGUCAAAUUACAUUCUUUCAGAGCCAAACAUUUGAUAAAAGCAAUUUUUAAAAGUCUAACUGUGAUUAAACACUCAGGCUUUAGACAGUGAAGACCACCCUGAUAGGUAGUGAUCUACAUACCUCUCUAGAACCAGACCAUAGGUCUAGGAAAUCAUCAACCGUUUCCUCCUCUAAGUUUCAGAAAGAAGGAAAUGUGUCAGGAUAGGGUGUCAAAGAACGAAUGAAAUGUCAAAGGAAAGGUGCUGGGUUCUUUAAUCUCCCCAAAGUCAAGUCUUCUGGUUGGGCUGCUUUCUGCAAGGUGUCUAGAAGUACCAAGCGAGAAGGUCCAAAUUUCAGCAAACCUGCAAACAAUAGCUCUUCUUUCUUAAAGCCUUACUCUACACCAAGCAUUCACCUAGACCACUUUUGGACACAAUAACCCAUAGACAGGUCUAUAUUUCAUGGUUGGGAAAUGGAAGCACAGAGAGAGUUGGCUGAGUCGCCGGCAAACACAGAAACCCUGAACAGCAGAGUGGGAAGGUGAAGCCACAUACCUCUGGCUCUGCAGCCGGGGUUCUUCCCCCUGCACUACACUGCACCUGCCUUCCCAGCAGCCAUGUUGUCCUGUUUUUCACUGAAAUUGUUUUAUGGCCAGGUAGUCCUAUUUCCAAGUACAAGGCAGCACAUGAUAGGACAGUGGUAGGUAAGAUUGAAAUCAGUCCUUUCCUGGAAAGUCAUGCAUGAAGGAUCAUUGUAAACAAACAGCAAUGACCAGUCUCCCUGAACCUGUCACUUUCCUCCCAAAUGUUUGGCCUAGAGAUCCCAAAUCAUGAGCACUCUUCCGUAGUGGGUGGCAUGUUGCCAUAGUGGGUCUUCUCCAUUCCCCAUAUUUCUCUGUAGGCAUAGUAAAAACCUUUCCACCUGCAGACGUUCUAGAAUCUGCUCAAAUUGCAUUUGAAGUCUUCACCUCCUUCGAACGCAUAGUUACUGACAGAGCCCACUCUUGGUGGCUGUUUUUGGGGUGGCAAUCACAACCAUUUAGAUGCUGAGCAAUGAGAGAGAACGGAGAAUGCCUUUUCCGAUUUCUCACCUGACGGAACCACCUCAAAAUGUUUUAAAUAGUCUUAUGGAUAAUUUGAUUAUAGUAUUGUUGUUAGUUUAAUUGAAUUUUGUGUAAGAAGCUGUCCAACAUCAGAGGAGUCAACCCCCACCCCUUUUCAGUGUUACAAGCUCCCUGACACUAUUGAUUCAUGGAAAUACUAAUGGGCUUAGAAAACAUCAAGAGAAUGUCAUUUCUCAUGGUGUUUCUUUCUUCUGAAAAUGAAUCUCCUGAAUUAUGGUCUUUCUCCCUGCUCCUUGGCUAGGGAAGAGAUAAAACCUGUAUAAACAAAUUCCCUUCUAUGCUGAGAGCAAGUGUUCUGUGUGCACGAGCCGCCGCAGGAAGGGGCUCUCUUCCCCAUUAAUUGGGUUUCACAAGCAACAGUUUCUCAACAACCAAACCACAACUUGAAGUGAGUUGAAAGAGAUGGAUAGUGGCAAUAGUCACAUCAGGACUUUGUUUUUCUUUCUGGGUUUCAUCUCUAGAAAUUGUAAAUGUUUGAGACCACAGAGUCUGCCCUUUGUACAAAGCAAGAACCAGGGACUGGGUGAACACAAUCUUCCUUUUUCCAAAGUGGGCCCACCAAGACUUUGACAGAGAUUCAUUUUUGGGGAGAAAUGAGGGUGAAGAGGAGGAUAGGAUUUGAGUCAAAUUCUAGUCAAAAUGCUCAAGGAUUCAAAAAGUAAGACAUUUUAGGGACACACUAACAUCUUCCCUUUGCUAAUUUCAGGCUCCAAAGAUAGGCAUAAAACAUUACAAAGAAAUGCUUUUGCCUCACUUGUGUUUCUAGUUUUCCCAUUGCAGGAUUUUGUAAUUACAUUAGACAGCAAUAUAUAUUUUGUUCCUCAAACUUCAUUACUUUGGAUGGGUAUUGUUGAACUGGGGCACUGGUGCCUAUAUUCAAGGCUCUUUCCUAUCAACUUGUCUGUCUGCAAUUUGUUGUGUUUAAAAAUCCAUUUUUUAAAAAAAUCACCAUCUCCCCCCCAUCCCCCGCCCAUGGAACGGUGGCUGUAUUGUUUCGUCCAUGUCUAUGUGGGACACAUUGCAUCAUUGGCAAACCAGCUCUCUGUGGAUGCGAGAUCACUACUUCCAAAACCAGCUUGAAAACAUCGUCUUAUGUAUUAUGUCAUCCUACAUCAUAAUGCAAUUAUGUGUAUCAUAACAUGCUCAUUUAAAAAAAAAAA